UACCGAGCAGUAAUAACAAGCCCCUAGUAGUUUUGCUCUCUCCGUGAAUGAAUCCACAAGCCGGUUCCGUAACCUCCACCUGAGCUGUAGGAGUUUUGAAUGGGGCCUGUGAUUGGAUAUUUCGGCUCGUCCGACGCCUGCUCUGCCGUGACUUAGUGUGUGUUACCAUGGCGAUGACUGCAGGGACCACAACAUCCUUUCCCAUGAGCAACCACACCCGCGAGAGAGUGACGGUGGCCAAGCUCACACUGGAGAACUUCUAUAGCAACCUCAUUAUCCAGCAUGAAGAGAGGGAAACCAGGCAGAAGAAGCUAGAAGUAGCUAUGGAUGAAGAAGGCCUAGCAGACGAGGAGAAAAAACUGCGCAGGUCACAGCAUGCUCGCAAAGAAACAGAGUUUCUGCGACUGAAGAGAACAAGACUCGGCUUGGAUGACUUUGAAUCUUUGAAAGUAAUAGGAAGAGGAGCAUUUGGGGAGGUACGUCUUGUUCAGAAGAAGGAUACAGGUCAUAUUUAUGCAAUGAAGAUACUAAGAAAAGCAGAUAUGCUGGAGAAAGAACAGGUGGCCCAUAUCCGAGCAGAAAGAGAUAUAUUGGUUGAAGCAGACGGAGCAUGGGUAGUGAAAAUGUUUUACAGUUUUCAGGAUAAAAGGAACCUUUACUUGAUCAUGGAAUUUUUACCUGGAGGUGACAUGAUGACCUUGUUAAUGAAGAAGGACACCUUAUCAGAAGAGGAGACACAGUUUUACAUUUCUGAAACUGUGUUGGCCAUAGAUGCUAUUCACCAGCUGGGAUUCAUCCACAGAGAUAUUAAACCAGAUAACCUUUUGCUGGAUGCCAAGGGUCAUGUAAAACUCUCUGAUUUUGGGCUAUGCACGGGUUUAAAAAAAGCUCACAGAACUGAGUUCUACAGGAACCUUACUCAUAACCCACCAAGUGACUUCUCAUUUCAGAAUAUGAACUCAAAGAGAAAAGCAGAAACAUGGAAGAAAAACAGGCGACAGCUGGCAUAUUCUACUGUUGGGACCCCAGAUUACAUUGCACCAGAAGUAUUUAUGCAGACUGGGUACAACAAACUAUGUGACUGGUGGUCUUUGGGAGUGAUUAUGUAUGAAAUGCUAAUAGGGUAUCCGCCUUUCUGCUCAGAAACACCACAAGAAACUUACAGGAAAGUUAUGAACUGGAAAGAAACUUUGGUAUUUCCUCCAGAGGUGCCCAUUUCAGAGAAAGCAAAGGAUUUAAUUCUAAGGUUUUGUACUGAUUCAGAAAACAGAAUUGGUAGUAAUGGAGUGGAGGAAAUUAAAAGUCAUCCGUUUUUUGAAGGAGUGGACUGGGGACAUAUCAGGGAAAGACCAGCUGCAAUUCCAAUAGAAAUCAAAAGUAUUGAUGAUACAUCCAACUUUGAUGAAUUUCCUGAAUCUGAUAUUUUACAGCCAGUGCCAAACACAACGGAACCUGACUACAAAUCCAAAGACUGGGUUUUCCUCAAUUAUACCUACAAGAGGUUUGAAGGGCUCACUCAGCGUGGCUCGAUCCCUACCUACAUGAAAGCUGGGAAGUUGUGAAACUAAACACAAACCCACAAAAAACAAAAAUUACAAACCUCAGGUAGCUGCAUCACCAGACCUGCUUGGCAUUAGUUAUCAAUAUAUUGACUCUGGUGCGCAUCAGUUUCACGAGGAAAUUCUACAGGAUUAGGAUUUCUAAGACUACUACUACAGGAAUUAGUUGGCAGUGCCAGCUGGCUUUUUUUUUUUUUUUUUUAAUAUUUGAAUAUUUUUGUUAACUUUAUUAUACAAAGGUACUGGAAUAAAAGGAACCAUACAUCCCUUUGUAACUGCACUGCCUAUGUGUGUAUAACAAUUAAUUAUGCCUCUGUACCGUGGCUUUGUUUGUACUGUAACCCAUUUAAUCCACCCAGGAGUAAAACAUAUCAUUUUAUGCAGCAUUGUCGUUACACUGCUCACCUGGUGGGUUUUAGGUAUGCAGUAUAAAAAACCAUUGCCCACGUUUUCAAAAUUCUCUGAGCAGUGGCUCUAAGGGUAUUCCAGCUGUGGUCUGCAGUUGUCUCAUGAGUGUGGCAUAUUUGAAAUAGCAGUGUCCUGUGGGGCCUACUGGUACACUCUCUGGUGUCAGUCCUCCUCCCUGCUGGAGGGUUUCAUGAUCAGAUCAUCCUUGUUCUGUGGGAUGUGGGCAGGGAGACAGUCCUUUGAUCUGCUUUAAAUGAUAGUUGGUGGGCCCUGUUAUUGAAGAUGAUGUUAACUGUUUAUGAUGAUUGUACAUGUUGGCAAAUGCAGAAGAGAAAAAGGAACAAUAAUAAAGACUCUUAACAGAGGAACUUUUUUCAGACAUCAAGGCAGCCAUUUCCAGGAGUGUGUUCUUGCCUCAUUUUUGAGACAGGUCAUCUUUUUGCUGCUGAGAAUUUAAACAUCCCCUUCUGUCUGAGAAAAACUUAUCCUGUGAUGAAAUUGCUGUUUUUUUCUUU